GUGAAUCAGCGACGGAUGGUCCAAGUCGGGAGAGAACUCUGGGAAACGAGUAGCACCUGAAGGUUGUGGGUAGGCGGGGUAGGUGGCAGCGCAAUGUGAAGUAGGUUAGAGCGAGAGACAUCGCUGGGUUGGAAUGCAGGAUAGGGUGGGAGAGCGAGAGAUUAAACUACCAACCGGGCAUGAAUGAGGAGAACAAGAAAGAGAGCCUAGGCGUAAGAGUCAAAUCGGCAGCCAAAAACUUGAUGGUACAUAUAACCGAGAGUCAAAUCGUCAGCAGCUGUGUAUAUAGAAGGAGAUUUAAUGUACGCACUCUAGGGGUCUACGGUGCUACGGGGGGCAUCAAUAAAGCAGCUACUAGUGUAGGUUUUCUCUUUGGCCUGCUGGAAGAUGCUGUCUCGUUCUGGCGCGUGGGGUUGGAUGGCCGACUACCCCGAACGGCAACACGGUUAAGUACAGUAGAUGUCUGCAGUUUCCAGUUCGCAGCUACUAUGCCAGAAAGUCUUUUGACUUCUGUUACUAGCAAACGUUCGCAACACUCGUUCCAAGUCCAGCGUACUAAACAGGCCGUUUUUUGGUAGCCACCUUCCUACAAUUCUCCGUCAUAACUUUUAAACUUUUCGGGUUACCCGAUUGACUCGAACGACGACGCCGACGACGACGACGAUUGGUGUGCGGGGCAUACACACACGUUCCGACGCGUUUGCCUCCUGUAUUGGCUUGCUGACUGGUUGGCUGGUUGAUCGGUCGGCCUCUCGUGUGGUUAUUUCGGUGUGUAUUAUUGCGCGCUGCUGUGUUCGGUGUGGAGUUCGGUCUCAUCAUCUUCAUCUUUGUACGCGACCUAACCGAGGGAUCGUCUGCGCGCUGCUCUACACUACUCUUGCCUUCAAGUGCGGAAGAUCAAUUUAGUCAUAAUAGCGAUACGCACAGAAGCGCUCGGAAGUUAUAUUACAUCUGCGAGAUUAUUAACUCUCACACUUUUUUCGACUGUGCUGGAGUUUAGAGCAUCCGAUUACAGUGCAGGAGCUCAGCGGGAUUUGUUUGAUAGGUUUCCGAUUUUAUUGGUUUUUUAUUGCUGCAACCUACCAAGUUUGGUGAAACAACCGCAGUUCUGUGACCAAAAGAAGAGUUUCUGCAAGAGAAUAGUGAAUUUUAGUUGAAGCGAAAGCAGUUCUUGCUAUAAAAAGUGCCCCAAAUGUACCAAAUUGUGAUGAAAAGUGUAUUAAACAUCGUGUUACUGAUCGAAGGCUAAGGAAAGUGCUCAAACAAGGAAAACCAGCUGUACUUCAGGAUCAUCUAACUAACAGUUCACAGGAGCAUUUCGUCGAUUCAGAAUCAGUUCCCAGCCGUGGAUUGUAUAGGAUCCUCCGAUUGGAUUGGAGUGAGUGGUGACUAAUCCGAAGUAAGCAGACUAUAAACCAUAGCCAACACUCAUUUCGCCCACUCAGAAAAAAAAUCAAUUGCCAACAGUAAACACAUCACACCCAAUAAUUCUUCCAAAAAGAUACAAAACAAAACAAAAACAACAUCACUUCUUCCAUCACAAUAAAAAACCAAACUCUCAAAAGCCAAGAAUUUAAUCGAUAAACUCGAUAAACACCAAAAAAAAAAACUCACGUCACGUCGUCAUCCACCACCACCCGGCACCGAAAAUGUAUCUCGCGACGCUGCGAAUCGACAACGACAACCACGGUAGGGGCGACUUCCGCCCGAAGAUGCGGCCAAAGUGCGAGUUCGUGUGCAAGUACUGCCAGCGCCGGUUCACCAAGCCGUACAACCUGAUGAUCCACGAGCGUACCCACAAGAGCCCGGAGGUGACGUUCUCGUGCGAGGUGUGCGGCAAGUACUACAAACGGCAGGAAAAUAUCCGCUCGCAAAGAUGCAGUCAGUGUAUUUGGCGGUCAAUUCAUACGUACGGCAUGAACGGUAACAACAACAACCGGGCAUACUGAGCCUAGCCUGCCAAGCACACGUGCAGCACUGUUUUGCUAAUAUUAAUGCUAAUUACGAUUACGAUUAUUUAAAACAAAAGAGAAAGAGAAUCCUUAUACCGAGUCCGUGUGUGGCGAAGAAAAAAAAAAACAAAAAUGCAGCAAGCGAACUUGAUUGAGAAUUGAGAAGACUGUUGUUGUGCGUAUAGAAUGUGGUUACAGGGUGUUCGGAGAGUAAAGUUACAAGAUACGAGAAGGAGAAACCGAUCCAGUUAACAGUGUACUUAUGAGAGUGAAUGAGUGAGGAAGUCUUAAGACAGUGUGGGCGAACGAUGAUUGUACAUUUUUAUUAUUAGUAAAGCGUGGAAAUAUGUCAAGAAACUUUGAAGUUUAACUUUGAAGGCCCAUGAUCAAAACAAAAGAGUGUGAAACUACUAUUAUUAUUAAUCUCGUUUCAAAUUUGUACAUAGCUUCGAGAACAAACAGACAAUGCUUUAAACUUGUUUUUAUUGUCCUAUUUUCCAUAAUCAUUAUUUACACCGGGCAAGUUGAAAGUUAAUGAAAUCAAACAAAACUGUUUCGCAUUUUACGUUUAGAUACGAAUACCUAUCGCACUUUUAAUCAAUCACUAUUUAGAAUGUACGACUAAUUUAUAUUCGAACUAUUAACAUUAUAUCAUUCCUUAUGUCUUAGCCCUUAGGUAUAAAUAGAUAUAUUUAAAUAAACGCGCAAAGUAUCCCAGUUAACUUGUAAUUAUUAGCCUUUAAUAUCGAAUUUGACGAAUUUACUUCAAACGAUUUUCUUUUGCGAUCUUCUGCGGUUCCAAUGUCUGUCUUCUUAAAUUCUUCCUUAGUGUGAUCGACCCUCUCACUCGACAAAGUUCACGUUAUAGUGCUGAGUCAUGCUGACCGUCACCAUUGUCGUCAGUUUCGUUGCUAAAUUUAUGGAACAAAAAACUGAAAAGAUUCUCAUUCAGCUCUCAACAAAUCGAACCAUGAAAAGACCAACUAAGUAAAGACUUUUUGAUCUUUUCGGCAGAAACUUCAAACGAAACAGUCACAUAUUCCCAACAGCACGUUUUCUCCUGGGAAUGGUAACUUUGUAAAGAGCCAUCACUUGACAUCUCGAUUCAAGUGAGAGAGCCACUCAAACACACCCCAUCUUCGUCCCAUCAAGCUACUGGUUUUUGUGCAAUAUUUUCGAGCCCAAAUUGAUCCCCGGAGAGUAGCGUGAACUUGUCCCUUUUUUAUUGUCUCUGAAACGAAACCUCAGCAUACUUCUAGCCGUGCUUAGAAUAGAUUCUAGUCUUAUCCGUGAAGAAAUCAUUGAACUUUUGGAAGAAACGAAAUAGCAGACCCCUUUUUUUGGAAAUUGAGUUUGGACUACUUAGGCAAUUGCUGUUGAUAAUUUGUUUCUCGAUUUAUAGCAAUAUCGGUUUAAUAAACAGGGAAUUUUCAGUGCAGAAAAAGUACAGAUAUUUAUGUAUCCUAUGAAUAAAUGCCAACUACACAUCAUGUAAGAGAAGAUUGUUUCCAUAUCGUGAUCAAAAGACAGAGCUAUUCAGCAAAUGAAAUGAAACUACGUGUUAUCGAAUAAACAUUCCACUUUUUUGCGUAUACAAAACAUGUUAAUAUUUUUAUAUUAAACCUACUCCAACCUAUGUGCAGAAGCGAAGGUGAAAUAAAUGCAAAAGUAAACGCUAUAA